AACUUCAUUUGAUUACAAACUUUUUUUAAGUUGGAGCUACAUUCUCUUUUUUCAGUGCAGCUGGGGUUAAACCAAAACGUCCUAAUCCAAACAUGUCCAUCUGCAGCCUCCGUAUCGAUGGUUGCGGGUAUCGAUGCGCGCGGGAGGUGUGGCGGGGAGGGUUGCGGGGCGGACCGGGGCAGCCUAUAAAUGGAUCAGGUUGCGGGUUUGACUCACCUGAGCGAACCGGAGCAUCUUCCAGCAGCAGGUGCGUUUGUGCUACUGACCCGCACGCGCUCACAGGUGUGUCUGUUGUUAUCAUUUCUUGCUCACCCUUCUGUGAUUUUAGCGCUUAAACCUGGAGAUACAUCUGAGGAUCGUCGCGUCCCGCAGCGAUGAGCCUCCAGUUGGUGCUGAUGUUUGGCGUCGGGACCGCGCUCCUCCGCGUGGACGCGCGCGUCCGCCUGAACUCCAUCAGAACCGUGAUCCUGACGGAAGGUCACGCGCUGCCCCUGAACAGGAGCGCGUGGGGUCCUGGCGUGGACCUGACGCUCUUCCAGUGCAUGAGCGACCUGGAGUGCACCGAGGGAAACUACUGCCACGUCCCGACCCGAGGCCCCGCCCACUCCCGCUGCCACGCCUGCCGCCGCAGGAGCAGGCGCUGCCUCAGGGAUAGCAUGUGUUGCCCCGGCAACCGCUGCAGCAGCAACAUUUGUGUUCCUGUGCUGGACGGUUUUUGGUCUCAGAGUGUCCUGGACGCCGAUGGAGACGUGAACCCGCCGUCUAAGAGAGGAUGGAGGAAACGAGGGAGGGUGAACCUUAAAGGGUCGUCUGGUAGAGGUCAGCUGGGCGACCCGUGCCUGCGCUCCUCUGACUGCUCGGACACUUUGUGCUGCGCCCGCCACUUCUGGGCCCGGAUCUGCAAGCCGGUGUUGCGGGAGGGCCAGGUCUGCACGCGUCAGCGGCGUAAGGGCCACCAGGGCUUGGAGCUGUUCCAGCGCUGCUCCUGCGGCGAGGGACUCACCUGCCGGGCCGCUCCGAACCCAAACAGCCAGACUCAUCCACUGCAGCCAUCUUCACUGCUGGACCAAGCCAUGAAACCUAAGUUUGAGGUUUCCCCCUCCUUGUCUCGGCACGCCUCUGCCCACACCUCGAUGCUGCCCGCAACCUCGUCGUCUUCAGUGGCGACAAAGACGAGACUCCACGUGUGUCAGAGGAAAUAAGUUGGACAAACAGGGAGAAAAACGGACUGAUGGAAGGAUGGACAGAGCAAAAGCUCCUCUGUCUGUGAUCGAGGCCAGAGGCAACGGGAGGCAGAGAGAUUUGUAGAAGAAAGAGUGAAUAACAUUCCUGUUUACACCCUCAGCAUCUCCUUAAAUAUCUGGAAGGUCAUCGGCUUCCUGUCACGCCAGCUGAAGGAGACACGAAACCCUUUGAGGUUCAGGUGUGAUUUCCUCCAGGGCGUCUGGACGAGCCAAACCGCUUUGAAAUCCAGUCUGACCCCUUCUACCCCAACGACACCGGGGCAAAUGUUGAUGCAUAUCUGAUGUAAUUCACACAUUGGUUUCAGCUUUUGAUCUGUUCAUCAGUAAAUCUACAAGGUCCAAAAGUCAAACCCAGAGAAACCAAGUUAAGCUAAUGAUGUUUGGUGAGUUAAAUAAAAUAUUAACCAAAUUUAGUCAACAUUUCUAAAAAUUUGGAUUAAAUAUUCUAUCUUUAUAACAUUGUACCACAGACAUGUAAACAGUUUUAUCUCUCUGACCCCCAUCCAGCUGUUCACCAUUGUUAGAAUCCUUUCAUAUAACUUGUAUAUCUGUUUUAAACUUAUAAAAACAUUUUAUGUAAAUGUUGUCAAACUUUUUACAUUUUAGCUAAUUUUACUGGGUUUAUUCUCUGAGUAAAAACUAAAUAAAUGAAUUAAUUCUUUCUAGACUACAUAUGUUUUAUUGCACUGAUAUUUUGAAAGAGUUAGUUUUAUAUAAAUGUUGUAUUUUGUGGUAAAUCUGUGUAAUUAUUCACAUUUAU